CAUAUCUGGGUUCUCAUUAAUGGUAAGAUUUUGCUGGGUGAAGGUCUAAAGUUUGGUUAGUUUCUCAUCUUGAGCCUCCUUUGUGUAAACUGACACAUCUGGAUUUCAUGAGAGUGAAGGAUAGCAGAGAGAGAAAAACCAAAACCAAAUCAUCAAAUUAUUUCAACAUCAAGAUUGUCUGUACUAGAAGGGCAGAGGGGCCAUGUUCUAAUAUAAACAAAAGCUUACUACAUCCUGCGUGCAAGUCAGAAGAUUGGAUGGCUUCCUGUUUAAAAUAAGUGCAUAAUUAAACUAUUAAAAAAGCUGGUGAAAGUCUUCUGCUACAGUGCAAGAUUUUGGGAAGGUAUGCUGAAAAUAAACAAAAAAGUCAUUCUAAGAGAUUUCUGAUUUCUGGAAGCUGUGCUGAAGGGAAAGUGUGCUGGAGAUUAAAUUUCACUGGAGGAAUUUCAUUGCAGUUGUGCUUGCCACUUUCUUAUAGAGGAAUUUUUAUGGUGUGUUCCCAAAUAUCAUUAGGCUGUGAAGAGAUUUUUUUGCAAAGGGGAUUUUUACUGAUACACAGCAAAGAUGUUUUUCUCCCCCAUCACUGAGUUGUACCUGUUGAGUUAAUCUUGAAGUCUUAAAUUUGUUUUCCUUCAGAAAAGGGAUUUUUGUGAUCUUCAUUAGAAUUUUGUUACUGCUAAAGGGGAAUGUGUUAAGAGCAUUUCUUUGGAAAACAUAAUGUCCUCUGGAGCCAAUAAUACCCAAGGUGGAACUACAGGGGGUAGAGGCCCUGCCCCUCCCUUACCAGAAAAACCUCCCUCAGUGGCCGAAAGGACAAGAUUGCUGAAAUCAAGUUUUCGGAAGGAUGAUGUGGAAAAGCCUAAGAUCAUGGACAAACACAGCAGUCCUGUGGUAGAAAGGGCAGCGACAUUGCCUCCAGCCAAUAUGACCAAUGCCAGUACUAAUGGGGAGAAGUCAGAAACCCCUUCCCCGGCCAGCAGUGUUAACUCAAUGUCCAGUAUUGGCAGGUAUAACAAUGAUAAGGUGAUGGACAGUAACAAGGAGACUGCACAGAAUUACAAUCCAGGGGGUUUGAAUGCAGCCAAAAGGGAGGCAUUCUUCAAAGGCAGUGAAAGUGGCGGACCAAAGUUUGACCCCUCACAGCGUUUCGCGGCAGACAGAGAGCGGAUACCACGGGAACCACACAGUGGCCACACAUUAAAAGAUGCUGACGAACGAGAGAAAGACUUACACCACAGGGAAAAGAAAUAUGGAGACAGCACAAAAGAACUGGAUGGUUAUGUUGGAUUUGCCAAUCUUCCCAACCAAGUAUACAGAAAGUCUGUUAAGCGGGGAUUUGAAUUCACGUUGAUGGUUGUUGGUGAAUCGGGGCUUGGUAAGUCCACCCUCAUUAAUUCCCUCUUCCUGGCUGACCUGUACAGCUCAGAGUACCAGGGUCCCUCCCACAGGAUACAGAAAACCGUCAAGGUUGAAACCACACAAUGUCUUCUGAAGGAACUGUCAAAAUUCUGCCAUAUUUCAUUAUUCAAUAGAGCCUCAUGUAAAAUUCCCUAUGGAGUCCAGUUAAACCUGACCAUUGUAGAUACACCAGGCUUUGGGGAUGCUGUAGAUAAUAGUAACUGCUGGCAGCCAGUCAUAGAUUUCAUAGACAGUAAAUAUGAUGAAUAUUUAAAUGCGGAGUCGCGAGUGGUACGAUCCCCUACCCCCGAUACUAGAGUUCACGCCUGUCUGUAUUUUAUUGCUCCCACUGGUCAUGGUCUCAAGCCCUUAGAUGUAGAGUUUAUGAAGAGGCUACAUGACAAAGUGAAUAUAAUUCCACUCAUCUCUAAAGCAGACACACUUACUCCAGACGAAUGCAGGGAAUUUAAGAAAACUAUUCUCAAUGAAAUUGCCCAGCACAAAAUUAAAAUCUAUGAGUUCCCAGAGUGUGAUGAUGAAGAGGAAACAAGAGUCCAGAAGAAAUUAAGGGAUCGAGUACCCUUUGCAGUUGUAGGCAGCAAUCGUGUUAUUGAAGCUGGAGGAAAGAAAGUCAGGGGGAGACAAUAUCCUUGGGGGAUUGUGGAAGUUGAAAACUUGGAACACAAUGACUUCAUAGCCUUACGGAACAUGAUCAUUAGGACACAUAUGCAAGACUUAAAAGAUGUCACCAACAAUGUUCAUUAUGAAAACUUCCGGUAUAACAAAUUGGCACCUUCUUCAGCUGACGGCAACAAAAUCAAACCAGGGUCACUAUCAAAAGACCCUCUAUCACAAAUGGCUGAGGAGAAGAAGGAGCAUGACAACAAAAUGAAGAAGAUGGAGGCUGAGAUGGAACAAGUGUUUGAGAUGAAGGUCCAGGAGAAACAAUCAAAGCUCAAGGAGUCUGAGGCAGAUCUUCAAAGGCGAGCAGAGCACAUGAAGAAGAGCUUAGAGCAGCAACAGAAAGAGCUCGAUGAGAAAUGCCCCUUGAAAGCAUUAUUUACAUUCACAUAA